AUGAAAUUGAUCAUUCAAAUAGCACUAUUAAUUAUUUGUGCUUAUUCACUUAUGCCUAUGCCUUAAUAAUUCAAUAAAGGAUCAAAAACCAUUAAGAUAAUUAAUAAAUGUGGAUUAUCAUUUACAAAUGUUCAUAAUCACCCAUAACAUAUUAUUGAAUUAUUACGUCAUUAUCAUUCAUUAAUAACAUCUCAAAAUCAAUGUAAUUUUUAAAUGUCCUUGAACUCCAAUCUUAAAAUUUAAGGAGCUUUAAAAUUUCAUAUAUCCCUUUAAAGUGAUGAAAAAUUAUAUUGGGUUAAUAAUACAUAAUAAGAAGCUUAUAUUUUGAAAAUAGAUGAAUAUUUGAACAUUAAUAUUGACACAAAUAAUCAUUGGGGUUUAGCUAGAGCAUUAGAUACAGUUAAUUAAUUAAUUGAUGAUGAUCAUAUUUAAUAUGUAUUUCCCUCUCUCAUUAUUAUAGCUUCCUCUUUUAAUAUAAGAUGAACCUGCAUAUACAUAUAGAGGAGUAAUGGUUGAUACAGCUAGACACUUUUUACCUCUUAAAACUCUUGAAAGAACUAUUGAUGCUUUGGCUAUCAAUAAAAUGAAUGUAAUGCAUUGGCAUAUCACUGAUGACGAAAGUUUCCCUUUACUUUUAACUAACUAUAGUCGCAUUACUAACACUUCUAAAUAUUCUGAAAACGAAUAUUAUACUAAAUCAGAUGUUUCCUAUUUGAUUGAAUAUGCAUCAAUUAGAGGAGUUUAAAUCAUACCAGAAAUUGAUUCUCCAGCCCAUGUUUAAUCUUGGGGAAGAAAUAUUAGUGAUUUAGAAAAUAUAAUUUUAAAUUGUGGAAGCACAGUCAAAUAAUAUGGAUAAUUUGAUCCUACUUUAGAUUUAACAUAUGAAGUUGUUAAAUCUGUUUUAUAAGAUUUAGCUGACAUGUUUGAAAAAGUGUAAUUUGUUCAUUUUGGUGGAGAUGAAGCAAUAUAGAGUUGUUAUAAUUAAAGACCUUCAAUAAAAGAAUUUAUGAAUUAACAUGGGAUUGCAGAUUAUAUAGAAUUGUAGACUUAUUAUAGAUAAAAAUAAAAAAGUAUAUGGAAAAAUGAAAUAAAAUCUAAAAAAAGAAUUGCUUAUUGGUAUAAUAAGGAUGAUAAAUUACCAGCUGAUGAUGAUGAUAUAAUUCAUUGGUGGGGAUCAACAGAAGAACUUUCAUUAGUAUCAAAUAGAAGCAAUGAUUUUAUUCUUAGUGAUUACCAUCCUUUAUAUUUAGAUAUUGGUGUAGGUAAUGCUUUUGGUAAUCCAUAUUAAACAUAUUAAACUUGGAAGGAUAUAUAUAAAUGGUCUCCUUAAAUACCUGAAGGAUUUAAAGGUAAAAUAAUAGGAGGAGAAGCACCUCUUUGGGGUGAAACUAAUAAUUAAAAUACUCAUUUUUAAAGGUUAUUUUUAAGAUCAUCAAUCUUGGGAGAUACGUAUUAAUUAUUUAUUUAUUUAGUUUAUGGAAUCCUUUUUCAAAAUAAUAAGAAUAGUUUUAUGAAUUUGCUGAUAGACUUGGGUAAAUGGAAGAUAGAAUGAAUAAAUAUGGAUUUCCUGUAUCACCUUUCACUCAUGAUUAUUGUAAAAGACAUACUAAAAUUUGUUUUCCUAUCUUAUAUACAGAAUAAGAGUAAAGCCAUGAAAAAUAGCAUUAAUAUAAAGAAUUAUGA